CAAUAAGCGCGUGUUAGAAUUGCGUAGAAACCCGAUGUCAUCCUAUAUUAUCGACCUAAGAUGAUAUAGGUACCGGAUAUCGUCACGAAACAAGUUCAUUAAACUGUAGAAUACAUUGACAAAUAGUAAAAAGAUAACAUUAUAUCCAGAUGUGUAACUUAUUGCCAAAUUAUCAAGUCACACCCGAUUGUAGUGAGACCUAUGAAACGGACUCGGAAUUCGCAUAUUCUGAAAACAAAGAUAUCAAGAGUUCCGAGGCUUCGAGGCAGAAAUCUAAACAAAACAAGGAAAGUAAUCCAAACACUAAAUCACCAUUGAAAACUAUUAACUAUAAAUCAAAACUAUCACAGCAUAAUUCAAUCAUAAAACCUUCAUCUCAUUCGAAAUUUGAUCAUGUAUCAUCAACAUCUUCAUCAAAAAAAUCAAAUUUCAAUAAGAAAUUCUCAUCAAGUGUUCUAGAUAGAUGGGAAUCCAAUCAGUUCGCAUUAGCUGAUGCAAAUAGUUUAAUUAUACAAUUGAAUAAAGAAUUAAAAGAUUGCAAAUUAGAAUUGAAAACUUUACAAAGACAAUAUAAAAUGCAAGCUGUACGACUGGAUAAAGCUAUAGGACAAGAAGCUGAUAUGCCACAAAUUGUUGAUCGUUUAAAUUCAGAAAUACGUACAUUACAAGUUCGUCUACGUGAAAAAACUCUACAAUCAUGUGUAGAUCAAAGAAAAAUUCACGAACUACAACAACGUAUUUAUGUAUUGGAGAAAACAAUUGAUGAAAAACAUAAUCAAUCUCAAUAUACUGAUGAAGGAUCAUCGGUAUCACACAAACGAAACAAUAAAAAUUAUGACAUAUCUAUAGAAUUACAAGAAGAAAAGAAGAAAAAUUCGCAAUUAAAACAUCAAUUAGAUGUAUUAACAAAAAAUCAUAAACAACAAAUCAAUAUGAAUAAUGAAAAACUACGAAAUUUACAACAAGAAUAUCAACAUUUAAAAGAUAAACUUCACGAAAGAACUCAACAACUACAGGAGAAAACAAAAUUACUAGAAUUACAAAAUGUUUAUAGUCAUCGUAUUCCAAAAAAUCUCAUUUUAAGUCAUUUAUCUAGUUUAUCAUCUAUCUAUUCUACUACAAACGAAAUGGAAAAUCAUAAUGAUCAUAAAGAAGAAACAUCGAAAUCUAAUAAUCCAUUAAUUGAUCAAUAUAAAUGUAACUCAAAUGAUAAAUAUUCACCUAGGCUACCACCAAUCACUGUGAAUGAUAAUAAUAACAAUAAAAUCAAUAAUGAUGUAUCAUUAUCAUCUCAAUAUGUCACUAUGUGUAAAGGAUUGGAACAAAUGCCUAGAAUAGACAAUAACAUAGAAUCCAACUUAGAAGGAUAUCCAUUGAUGAUCAAUGGAAAACUAUCAAAUGAUAAUGAACAUCACGUAGAUGAGAUAAAAGAAAAUUCAUCGAAAGAAGUUAUUGGGAAUCAUCAAUCAAAUGAUUUCAAUCUUCAAAACAAUAAAGAAAAUCAAAUGAAUAAUAAUAAUGAUCUUUCCAUUGAUCAUAAUCAAACUGAUGAACUAUAUACUACUCAAAUGAAACAAGAAAGUAAUAUAAAUAAGAAAAACACAAAAAACACAGUAGAAAAUGAAAUAGAAGACAGAAAAUAUAAAUUACAUUUAAUACAAACACUUCAAGAAAUCGAUAAAAAAGACAAUAAUCAUAAACAAUAUGAAAAUGAUAUUACAUCACAAUUCAAUGCAUUACAUAAUCCUGUUACCAAUUCAAAGAAUAAUAAUACUGGAAAGACAAGAGAAGAAGAACUAUGGAAUGAUUUAUUUGGAUCGAUAAAGGAUAAUGUCAAUAAAACAUCGGAAGUGAUAAAUCAACAUCAAUCUUCUAAUAAUGGAAUUUUAUUCAGUAACAAUUCGAACAUUAUCAAUGCAUCUAUACACAAUUCGAAUUGGAAAACAGGAAUUAAUCAGAGAAAUAAUAAUAAUAAUCAAGAUAACUUAAAAGAUACUUUCAAACAACCAUCAUGGUUAGCAUUUCAUAAAACAGUUAAUCAACUAUCAAAUGAAUCCAACAUGAUUAACAAUCGGAAUUCAUUCAAUCGAUUGAUUGAUCAUAACAUCACUGCACAAUUAGAUAAUAUUGAUAAUGAUAUUGAAGUAUUACAAAUUUGAUCAUGGAAAUGUCUAGUUUUAUUAUUCCUUUAAAAUUAUCAUCCAAUUGUAAGUAAUUACCUAACUGUUACAAAUAGUCCAUUUGUUUAUUCAUUAUCAGUAUUACAUAAGAAAAAAAUGUUAAUUAUCAUUAUUAAGAUGAUUAUGGCAUAUUACUGUUAUGUGUGAUGUGAAUUUAAACAAUGUAAUUUAUGUGUAUAAACAUAUACAAAUGUGUUACUAUGUGAAUAAUUAGUUUUCAUUAAAAGUACCAAAUAAAUUACUUGUAAAUCUAUG